AUGACGUAUGUAAAGCGAAGCGAAGAAACGAUAGUGUCGCAGCUUCGUUCUCCUCCGACCAAUGUCCGUAACAACGUCCGACGACCCGGGCGUGACGAAACACCACGGUCACCGGAGAACCCGUGGCCGUCGUAUCGACAUACCCUCGCACUCUCCUCUCUCCUUCGUGCCCAGGGAACGUCUAGUGGACGACACCUUGGACGGAUCGGCGACUUCGAGGAGCCGAGGCCGACGAUCCGUCGUUUUUCGGACGACGUCUGUUCGAAAGAAAAAAGCUACUGUACUUACGGUGCGCGAUCGAGCUUACCUGCUUUACGUGGUCUCGGCGAUGAGGUUUGCUGCCGUCGAUCGGUCGUGAACAACGAAAAGUCGUACGCAAAUCGUGAAAACUGCGAUGCGGACGACGAUUUCGGUCGUUCGGUGUUCGAGUUCGAGCAGCUGAAGGACGUGGUGAUAACAGUUAUCAGCAGCUGUGGCCCGCGAGAGAAAAAGGCCACGGCGGGGCCAGCGACAGUGUGA